AUGACACGCAAGGAGCAAUUUCAGAAGGUGGGAGUCUGUCCCCCGAAAGGAGUUCUUUUAUAUGGACCACCUGGGACGGGAAAGACGUUGAUGGCUCGUGCAUGUGCUGCACAAACCAAUGAAACCUUUCUGAAACUUGCUGCUCCGCAGCUAGUCCAGAUGUUCAUCGGUGACGGGGCAAAGCUCGCCCGAAAUGCAUUUGAGCUGGCAAAGGAGAAGACCCCCUGCAUCAUUUUUAUUGAUGAGAUUGAUACAAUUGGAACAAAGCGUUUUGACAGUGAAGUUAGUGGUGACAGAGAAGUGCAACGAACCAUGUUGGAGUUGCUGAAUCAGCUAGAUGGAUUUAGCAGUGAUGAGAGGAUAAAGAUGAUAGCUGCAACUAAUCGUGCAGAUAUUCUCGAUCCUGCUUUACUCCGUUCUGGUCGCCUGGACCGCAAGAUUGAGUUCCCUCAUCCGACAGAAGAAGCAAGAGCUAGGAUUUUACUCAAGAAAGAUGAACGUACAUCCUGA